CAACAGUUACUUAAGAAAAUUAAUGAACUCACAGGCAUUAAAGAAUCAGACACUGGCUUGGCUCCACCUGCCCUUUGGGAUCUAGCUGCCGAUAAACAGACUCUUCAGAGUGAGCAGCCACUGCAGGUGGCCAGGUGUACAAAGAUAAUCAAUGCAGAUUCUGAGGACCCCAAAUAUAUUAUCAAUGUUAAACAAUUUGCCAAAUUUGUGGUGGAUCUCAGUGAUCAAGUGGCACCUACUGACAUUGAAGAAGGAAUGAGAGUUGGCGUGGACAGAAACAAGUACCAGAUCCACAUCCCCCUCCCUCCAAAGAUUGACCCAACAGUCACUAUGAUGCAGGUGGAGGAGAAACCUGAUGUUACAUACAGCGAUGUGGGAGGAUGCAAAGAGCAAAUUGAGAAGCUGAGAGAGGUGGUAGAAACUCCCCUACUUCACCCAGAGCGAUUUGUCAAUCUUGGGAUUGAGCCCCCCAAGGGGGUACUUCUCUUUGGCCCUCCUGGGACAGGCAAAACUCUUUGUGCUCGAGCUGUUGCUAAUAGGACUGAUGCCUGCUUCAUCCGAGUGAUCGGGUCUGAGCUGGUGCAGAAAUACGUGGGAGAGGGUGCUCGAAUGGUUCGGGAGCUGUUUGAAAUGGCCAGGACUAAAAAGGCAUGCCUUAUCUUCUUUGAUGAAAUUGAUGCUAUUGGAGGUGCUCGCUUUGAUGAUGGGGCUGGAGGAGACAACGAAGUCCAGCGCACAAUGCUGGAAUUGAUCAACCAACUUGAUGGCUUUGAUCCAAGAGGGAAUAUUAAAGUGUUGAUGGCAACUAACAGACCUGAUACCUUGGAUCCUGCACUGAUGAGGCCUGGAAGAUUAGAUAGGAAGAUUGAAUUUAGCCUACCAGAUCUAGAGGGAAGAACUCACAUAUUCAAAAUACACGCUCGUUCAAUGAGCGUUGAAAGAGACAUAAGGUUUGAGUUGCUAGCUCGAUUGUGUCCUAAUAGCACUGGUGCUGAAAUUCGCAGUGUCUGUACAGAGGCAGGUAUGUUUGCUAUCAGAGCAAGGCGAAAGAUUGCCACUGAAAAAGACUUCCUGGAUGCUGUGAACAAAGUCAUCAAGUCCUAUGCCAAGUUCAGUGCUACCCCUCGAUACAUGACUUACAACUAG